GAUUUUGCAUUUCCGGGAGGGCUGCUUUGUUUACCAACAGUCCUCUUCCCUGUCAGUUUGGGCACACUGCUCUGGAUGGCUGUGCACAUCCAGAUCAGUGUGCUUACAGUGAAGCACACACCCCCCUCGCCCCCCAGUAAAACACUCCCAGCACACAGUUAACCCUUUGAUUGCCCCUCAUGUUAACCCCUUCCUGCCCAGUGCCAUUAGUACAGUGUCAGUGCUUUUUUUUUAGCACUGAUCACUGUAUUGGUGUCACUGGGGAUGUCAGUGACACCAAGUCAAUUCCCCCCAGUGUCAGAGUACCCACGACAGUCCUGCUAUAA